UCUGUCAAAGAACUGUUGUCUUUGUAGAUGGCUGUUGAAUUUCGUUAUUAAAAAUCUUUAAAUUUUUAAUUUUUUCGUAGUUUUUUAAAUUUGCUGUGAAAUCAAAAUGGUUUGACUUGCCAUUAUCGAAUUUAAUUAGAGUAUUACUUGUGUAUUGACUGUCUUUUAAGUUGUAAACAAAUCCAAAAUGUCCGUUCCUACGACUGGACCGAGUAAAUUGAAAAAGAAGCAUAUUCGUGUGAAACAUCAAAAAGUGAAAUUGUUUCGUGCGAAUGAACCGUUACUGUCCGUUUUUAUGUGGGGCGUUAAUCACACGAUUAAUGAACUGAGUCAUGUUUCAAUACCAGUUAUGCUACUGCCUGAUGAUUUUAGGGCUUAUUCCAAGCUCAAAGUCGACAACCACCUGUUCAACAAAGAGAACAUGCCAUCUCAUUUCAAGGUCAAGGAGUACUGCCCGCUCGUAUUCAGGAAUCUGAGGGACAGAUUCGCCAUCGACGAUUUGGACUACAAAGAAUCCCUGACAAGGUUUAGUCAUCCAGAUAACUACCUCCGCUCGAAGGCUCGGAAGAGAGCGAUAUCUUCGCUGCGGCGGUCCGCGACCGCGCCGACCGGCGUCGCUGACCUCCACCAGGACAGCAUAUUCCACGACGCAAGCGCCUUCGUCAAACGCGGUCUGACGAUCAAACGACUGAGGUCGCAGCCGAUUCCCGACGAUUCGUCCGGUAAGUCUGGUGCGAAGUUCUACCAGAGCUACGAUCGCCUGUUCAUCCUGAAGACCCUGACUUCUGAAGAGGUGGAGAGGAUGCAUUCGUUUCUGAAGCACUAUCAUCCAUACAUCGUGGAGAGACACGGCAAGACCCUGCUCCCGCAGUACUUGGGCAUGUACCGACUGACCGUCGACGGAAUAGAGCAUUACCUGGUCGCUACCAGGAACGUGUUCUCCAACCAUCUCAAUAUACACAGAAAGUACGAUUUGAAGGGAUCGACGGUGGAUCGCGAGGCCUCCGAGAAGGAACUGGAGAAGGAGCUGCCCACGCUCAAGGACAACGACUUCCUGAAGCAGGGCGUGCGCAUCGACAUCGGCGAGGCCGCCAAGGAGAAACUUCUCGAGACCCUCACCGCUGACGUCGAGUUCCUGACGAAGCUGCACCUGAUGGACUACUCGCUGCUGCUGGGCGUGCACGAGUGCGGGCGCGGGGAGGCGGAGGCGGAGGCGGCGCGCGCCCGCCCGCCCGACGCCGACACCGACCGCGACACCGACUCCGACUCCGACACCGACAACCGGCACGCCGACGGAUGGGGCUACAACACUCCACCGGACAGUCCUCGUGGUUUCGGCCGCCAGACCUCGCUGCGGUACGAGGGCAUCAUCCCCGAGCUGGACAUCUACGCCAUCCCUAGCCAGGAAGGUGCUCCUAAAAAGGAGAUAUAUUUUGUAGCUCUCAUCGACGUUCUCACACACUACGGCGUCAAAAAGCAGGCCGCCAAAGCUGCGAAGACGGUGAAGUACGGGAGCAACGUAGAUGGUAUCUCCACGUGUGACCCCGAGCAGUACGGGAAGAGAUUCAUCGAGUUCGUAGCCAAAGCCAUCGAGGGCAACUAGCGGCGCCCCCCGGCGGGAACUCAACGAACUAUCGCAAUCCGCGCGCUGUGACGUACCGGAUCCGUUCUUUCCUUUAUUUAGUUUAUAAGGUUACAAUUUUAAAUCGCAUAGAGUUAAUUUGCGUUUCCCUUUGCUUUUGUUUUUUUUUCGUUAAAUUCGUUUUCGUCUAUGGUUGUAAUGCCUUUGUUAUAUUUUCCCGCGUUCGGACGUAAUGGCGGCGUAACGCAGAUCCCUAAUCAAAGGCGAUGCUUCCUUCAACUCGAUUAGUGGUUUGCACGUAGGAGAUAGGUCUCGGAUUGUCUAUGGUCGAUUGUUCGUUAAUAUAAUCGAAUUUUGAUUAUUCAAUUCGUUGUAAUUACUGUUUUUUUUUUUGUAAUUUAUAUAAGUAUACCGAAUUCUCGUGUACAUAACGAUCGAAUAUUGCUUUUUCGUUUUAUUUUCUGUUCGAAAGGAAAUUCAAUUGUUUGAGGUAUAAUUUAAAUUGUUUUUCUUUUCGAUUAGUUAUAGUUUAAUAUUGGAGUUUACAGGGUGUCGUAUAUACGAAGGAACGUAGAGCCACUUUUAGAAAUUCAACGAAUUAGCGAAGAUAUUGAAGGAAGCAUUGCGUUUUUUUGUUUUUUUGAAAAAAAGAGAUGUCUGUGUGAGAAGAAAUCAUUCGAUCGUUUCAGUUUUUGGAUUUAAAUGUAGAAAUUUAGUCCUAAUUCUUAACCUGUUGCUACAAAUGAUCAUAUAAAUUCGAUAGUUAUCGAUAUAUUAAACUGAGUCAUAAUGUCGAUAGUAACGCAGGACAUCUCUAUAAAUGUUAUAUUGUCAAAGACAAGUAUUCUAUGAUAAAUAAUGGUAAGUUAAUUUCGAUUCGUAAUUGAAUAAAAUAAAAAAUGUUAAAUGGAAAUUGUUCAAUGCUGCGGUGUCGGUCAGCUCUGUUUCUGGUUCUCUAAAGUCUUCACUCGGCUUUGAGGCGAUAAAUUGAAUGUCGCAAAAUACUUUGACGCGACAUUUUUAAAAGGUUGGUUUAUUCCAACGUAGAUUUUCGAAAAUUAUUUCUCUUCAAAGAAAAUUCGUCCAAAUCUUAAGUUUCUUUCGAAGAGAAAGCAUGUUCCUAACUUUUGAAUGAAGGAUACUCGUUUUUUUUGAGAAAAAAUUUGGAGGAAUUUUCAAGUCUAUAUAAAAUAAUAAUACAUUUUCGGGGAUAAUAAAAAAAGCUAUCUAUUAAACUCGUAGUUUUAUAUUGUGUAAACAAAUUUGAAAUUCAGAAUAUUUACGUAAAAAAGUUAAAUUUAACUGUAACUUUCAAUUGUAUGCGAAUCGCGACGGUUUUUAAUAAAUAGUCAGCUUGGUAUGACGUUCCGCUGUCGCCUAGCUUGAAUAUAAGUUGAUGUUGAUGUAUCGAUAAAAAAAUAGUGUUCGUUUCAACUUAUCGAUAUUAAUGCAGAUCGAUACUUGAACUAUGUGCGAGCCUUAUUAAAUUUAUAUAUUGUUGUAUCUUUAACUCUUCUUAUUUCGUGGAUCAAUUAAAUUUACGACAAACGAGAUAUUUUAUUAUAGGUCUUGUCGUUGAAAUGGUUGAAAAAAAAUGUAACAAAUUUUCCCUGUUACCUCUUCUUAUAAUGUAAAGUUGUAUAAAAAUAUGUUUAAAAAAAAAAAGAUUGCGUGUCAAUGAUAAUAUUUAUAAUAUUGCAACUUUUGCCAAUAAUCCUUAGCAUGCUUAGUUUCUGUCUAGAGGGUAGUGUUAAAUUAGUAAUUGUAUUAAAUAAGUUUUUGUUAUUUAUUAUGAUAUUGAAUAAGACAAUCGAUGGUCUUGUGAUUUAAAAGUAAAAAAAAACUCUAAAAUGUAUUCACUUUGAUGUUUUUCGAAAUUCCGUACGUAAAUUUUCUAAAUAAUAAAUAGUUAUACUGCUUUUUGUCGAUAAUAUUUGGGUAGCUCUUUAAUUAACUCUUAAACUGAACUUUUCUCUCAAUCGACAAAAAUAUUUAUGUCGAUUACCGUAAUAUUAGAUUUAAAAGUUGUUCUCAUAUAAUCAGUAUUUUAAUUACGGAACAAUUUGGAAUCCGAGGAUUUGUGAUAUGAUAAUUAUAUUAUUAAACUUGAAUCAUGAAGUCGUCUUGCUAACGAAAAAGGUUGUCCUGCUUUGUAUACCUAAAAAAAUAAAUUUUAAUACUUCACUUUAAUAAAGGCCUCUUUAACUGGCUUAUAGAAGACUGAAGUAUGAGAUCUACCUCAAAAAUUUAAUACCACGGUAUAAACUAAUAUUCUUGUGGAUUUAUUUGAAAAAAGGGAAAGCGAUUAAAUAUUUUCUUUGCAAAUUAAAUAUUUUUAAAACAUUAGUUUAAUACUCUCUUUAGAUUGAUUUAAAUACAAAUAAUGUAUCUCUGAUAUAUUUAAUUUUGUUUAAAUUUAUUUUUGGGAUUUAAAAAAAAACUGAAGUGAUAGUUAGCAAGACGACGCGGCGAUGUUAAUAAAUAAUAUAUAACAUUUUCGAAUGAUUUCUUAUGAUCCUGAACAAUGUGUUUAGUCAUGUCAUUGUAAUGAUCCGAUGUCAUAUGUGUUGCCAUUGUUUAGGUUGAUAUUUAGGGAUGGGCGAAAUCUGCAAAUCGUAUUAAUAUUUUGCUCCCUCAUAUGAUCGAGUUUAGUCAAUAGAAUUAUUGCGACUGAACUUUUUCUUGGCCAUGAAAAGUAUUAAAAGCGUCGGACUGAUAUCACGUAUCAUACGUAUACAGGGUGUCCCAGAAAGAAUGGAUAAUCCUGAAACACCACAUAGUAGAGAUAUUGGGUAUUAAAAAAAAAAAUUCUUAGGUAGUACCCAAA